GCAGGGAGGUGCAGGAUCACACCUACAGCAUUUGUCAGGGGGAAGCCACUUGGAGGAGGUAGCAGCCGCAGCUCCUUCUCCCUUGCUCGAGCAGCCUGUGUAGCAGUAGCAGCCGCAGCCGCCCACCCCCGCACAAUGGCUGAUCAGCUGACUGAAGAACAGAUUGCUGAAUUCAAGGAAGCCUUCUCCCUAUUUGACAAAGAUGGUGAUGGUACCAUCACAACAAAAGAACUUGGGACGGUCAUGAGGUCAUUGGGUCAAAACCCAACAGAAGCAGAAUUGCAGGAUAUGAUCAACGAGGUAGAUGCUGAUGGCAAUGGCACUAUCAGUUUUCCUGAGUUCUUGACCAUGAUGGCCAGAAAAAUGAAGGACACCGACAGCGAGGAAGAAAUCCGUGAGGCAUUCCGAGUCUUUGACAAGGAUGGCAAUGGUUAUAUCAGUGCAGCAGAACUACGUCAUGUUAUGACAAACUUAGGAGAAAAGCUAACAGAUGAAGAAGUAGAUGAAAUGAUCAGAGAAGCAGAUAUUGAUGGAGAUGGACAAGUGAACUAUGAAGAAUUCGUACAGAUGAUGACCGCAAAAUGAAGACCUCCUUUCACCUUUUUUCCCCUCUAGAAGAAUCAAAUUGAAUCUUUUACUUACCUCUUGCAAAAAAAUGUUCAUUUAUUCAUUCUGUUUCUGUAUAGCAAAACUGAAUGUCAAAAUACCUUCUGUCCACAAACUGCAUGUAAUGGUUGGUGGUCCUGUCCCCAAAAGAUCAAGUUAAACAUCAGUUUUACAAUAUAAGUAAUUGUACUACCUUGAAAUAAGGAAGCACUUAGAACUCCUCAAAAGUUCCAUUUGCAGAUGACUAUUACACUGUUUGGGCUGGCCAGUUUUUCAUGCAUGCAGCUUGACAAUUGAGCACAGUCAGACAUUUGUAUCUAAUAAAAACAAAACCUAAAAAAUCCACUCUUGUCCAACUGUGGAUUAUAGCUCAAUUUGUAGUGUAAAUUGUCAUAGCUGGUUUACUUUAAAAUUGGUUUACCUCAGGAUGGUAUGCAGCAAAAAGUCAAAGGAUGCAAAAUUUUAAAGAAAAUGCCCUAAAGAUUGAGUGGUUCUCCUGUAUGUAGCAUUGUGCUCCAAAAAAAAAAAAGACUAUCUUAAUUAUGGGUGGCAUGUCUGUUUAUAAUAUUGGUUUAACAUUGUCUGCAUUGCACUAUAGUGAAACGGGUGUCAGGCUGUUACCGUUCACAAAAUUUUUAAAAAAAACUUUCACCAAGGGAGCAUCUUUGGACUCUCUCCUAUUUUUAAAACCUUCUAUACCAUGACUUGGAGCUGGCAGAGUAGCCUGUGGACUUCAGCACAACUAUCAACAUCGCUGUUCGAGCUAUUACAGUUUAUGUCCAUUCCAAGUUGUAAAUGCUAGUCUUUUUUCCAAUAAAAGACCAUUAAUUUAAAGGUGGUGGUAAAUGCUUUGUAAAGCUGACUUGUAUAUAAAUUGAGACACUAAACCAAAAAGCAGUAGGAAGGAAGUGUUUUUUUUAUGAAUGACUUGCUGCUAAAUUAUAAUGCACAUGUAUGCAAUAACUUAUCCCAUAUCUCUUCAAGAUGGCAAGGACUGACCUCUUGUAACCCAAGACCUUUGCUAUAAAUAAAUGAACUUGUGCUUGCCUUUCA